AUGUCAACUGAUGCUGACGAACAGCCUGCCAACCUUGGAUCAAGAAUGUGGACUUCCAUCAAGAUGUUCACACUGCCCUCCACCCCUUACCCUGCCAAGGUUGUUUAUCAGUUCGGAAACACCGGCGGCACGUCCAAGCUGCUCCAACGGCCUACGGCAGGUUCCACUGGUCACACUGGCUAUCAGCCGAAAGAGGUCUCGGCAAGCCGCUACCGGACCUUUAUCCGAUCGUUUGGGUCCGGAGCCAGCCAGUCAAACGGUGCUCCUGCAUCAGACGGAGAGCCCCACCGCCUGCACACGGUACCGCCUGGCAAAGCCAGAGCUGCCCCGACUGCUCUCGGACGCCCAGGCCGCCUUGAGAAUUCUGGCUCGCCUGACUCUGACCUGACUACUGAUCUUCGUCCGCUCAUCUCUGAUCUCAACCUUUCUCCAUCGCAACCAACUUUUCCGGACGACACCGGCCCACCACCUGGUCGUCCCUCCACCACGAUGUCGAAGUACGACGACGAGAAGGCGGCCGCCGGCAAGACGGAGGUCACGAGUGCGGAGAUCUAUGAUCCAUCCCUCGAAAGCAUCUGGACGCGUCUCGGCCUGAACUUUGAAAGCUUCAAGCCCGCCCCUGCAACGACCAAGGGUAUCGUGACCCACGGAGACAUCCCCAUCGAACUCGACCUGUACGACAAUGGUCUCCUGCAACAGAAGAUGAAGCCGCGGCAUCUGCAAAUGAUCGCGGCCGGAGGUGCCAUCGGAACCGGUCUCUUCGUCGGAACGGGUGGUGCGCUUGCGACUGGUGGACCGGCGGGUAUCGUCCUCGGCUGGCUCAUCAUGGGCUUCAUGGUCGUCAAUUGGCUGUGUACGCUGCCCUUAGAGUUGACUGUAGCGGCUUCUACGGUGAUGUUCUGGGAUAACCCCGUACCUCUGGCCGCCUGGAUCACGAUAUUCUGGGUUAUUAUUAUUCUGGGUGUCUUAUUUGGCACUCUGGGCUAUGCGGAGGAAGAGUUCUGGACCUCCUCCCUGAAGAUCCUCGUUAUUCUCAUUUUCGUUUUCGUCGCCAUCGUCUGCGUCUGUGGAGGAGGACCCUCCUCGGGUGAGUAUGGAAGCUACGUCGGCGCUCGCUACUGGCACGAUCCAGGCGCGUUCGCAUACGGCUUCAAGGGCGUCUGCACUGUCUUCGUCACGGCGGCAUUCAGUUACUCGGGCUCUGAGCUCGUGUCCUUUGCCGCGUCUGAGACUCCCGACCCGAUGAACUCCAUGCCGCGCGCCAUCAAGGGCGUCAUCUGGCGUGUAAUCAUCCUCUUCCUGGUCGUCAUUCUCAUGAUCAGUCUCGCUAUCCCUUACAACGAGCCCCUCCUUCUCGAGGGCGAUGGGGCUAAUGGCUCGCCGAUGGUCAUCCUCAUGCGCAGGGCCAACAUCAAGGGUCUUGACCACCUCGUCAAUGCCACUGUUCUCAUCGCCGUCCUUUCCAUGGGUCUCUCCUGCGUCUACGGCGGCACCCGACCCCUGCUGUCGCUCGCCAACCAGGGCUUCCUUCCCAAGAUCUUCUGCUACGUCGACAAGUCCUCCCGCCCCCUCUUCUGUAUCCUGGUUGUCAUGAUCCUCUCGCCUCUCGCCUACAUCAACGUGCUCCCGGACAUCGGUACGCAGGUCUUCGACUGGCUCAUCGGCCUUUCCGGCCUCUCGACACUGUUCACGUGGCUGGCCGUGUGUAUCACGCACAUCCGCUUCCGUCAAGCGUGGAAGGCGCAGGGUCACUCGGUCGAUGAGCUCCCGUUCCGUGCCUUCGGUGGAAUGUGGGGCAGUGUUGUCGGCGCCACUCUUGUGAGCCUCAUCAUCAUCUCGCAGUUCUACAUCGCCGUGUGGCCCGUUCACGACGGCUCAGAGCCCACUACGCCCGGAGAGCGCGCCCAGUACUUCUUCAUGAUCUUCAUCAGCGUGCCCAUCCUCAUCCUCAUGUGGGCGGGCUUCUGGCUUUGGAAGAAGACCAAGUUCUGGAGGGCCUCCGAAAUCGACCUCAAGACCGGACGCAAGAUCUGGCUCACGGCGGACGAACUGAAUGCUAUGCGCGCUGCCCGUCGCAACAAGCCUUGGCAUGCUCGCAUUUACCAGACUCUCUUCGCCUGA